AUGCAACAUCAUAUAUGCACAUCACAUGUGACUUGGCACAAACCUGAGGAUGGAUUUCUCAAGAUGGACAGUGCCCUCUGCAAUCCAGGCAAAAUUGGUGUAGGAGAAAUUAUUAAAAAUCAUCUAAGGAGAUUUAUCCAUGCCAUAGCAAGUCCACUUGGAGAAGGAACCAAUAACAUGGUAGAAAUUGAAGCAGCUAUUAUUGGCAUGAAGUGGUUCCUAGAGAACUGCCACUUCAAAGUGCAUUUAGAAGCUGACUCGGCACUACUUGUUCAUUGGAUCAACCAUGAAUCCGAGCCUCCUUGGAGUAUAGAGAUGCAGCUGCAGAAGCGGAUUGACCUCAGCUCCCAGUGUCAUAAAUUCAAAUGCUCUCAUGUUUAUUGGGAAGCUAAUUUUCCUGCUGAUUCUUUAACUAAGCUCAGCCAUGAUCUCUCCCUCAAAUCACCCGUUUUGAGAACAUUCUUGACCUUCCCAGGCAAAUCAGAGGUCGAAUCAGACUUGACCAAAUGA